AGACGCCGAACGUGACUUCAAACGUGACUAGAAUCUAGGUCAAGGUCAUUUAAAUUUGGGUGGAAGAAAAUUUAAAAACAAUUAUUUUCAUAAGUCGUGUCAAGAUGAGUGGAAGAGGUUUGACUUGUAUAACAAGAAGCCAAAGAAUUCUUCAGUGUGUAAGGCACUCCUAUAGACCUCAAGUAAGGACUGUCACAUGUUUCAACUUGCAAAAUACAGAGGAUAAAGGGAAAAGAAAACUUUUCAACAAUUUUUCAGAAUUCCAAAUUCAUGACCUCAAGGUUAAAGCAUCACUAUUCCAUAGCAGUUCAACUCAUUACCAAUCAACGACUGAAGAUGUGUCUUAUGAAGAAUUGAAAGAGAAGCUGAAGUCUGGGGACAUUCAGUUGAUUGAUGUGAGACAACCGGAAGAACUUAUAGAGGUUGGAAAAAUAGAUGGCGCCAUAAAUAUACCAUUGCUCAAUGUGAAGGCAGCAUUAGAAGCUCCCCCAUCAGAGUUUAAAGAUGCAUUUGGAGUAGAUAAACCACAUCCCAAUGAUGACAAUAUUGUCUUCCAAUGUAAGAGUGGUAGGCGCAGUUUCUUUGCCAUGAGUGUCGCUCAUGAACUAGGAUUCAAGAAGGCUAGGAACUAUAUAGGAGGAUAUGACGAAUGGACGGAGAGGGAGUCAUAGAAAUCUGCCACAUAUCAGCAACAUCCAGCAAUACAUUUUCACGGAACAUGUGCAGUAUAAAUAGGACUUGAAUGUUGCUUCAGAAGCCUAUGGCAGUCUGUCCCAACCAGAACAUAUAAAAUCAGAUGCUGAAAUCUAUCUAUACAGCAUUAUUCAACUAUAUAGCAACUCCCUUAUCGAAACCAACUUUAUAAUGAUGCUGCUGACGUGGUGCAACUUAUAGAACACCUGAAGAUCAUUGAACGUUUUCAGAACUCAAGAAUUCCCUAAUAAAUUGUAGUAACCAUGGAAAUAACGGUAUACUGAUGUUAUAUACUAUUUUAUCCCACCCUAAAAUUGGAUCU